AUGCUAUCGAAGAAAGACUCUGCAGUCUCUCUGCCUCCGAAGGAACCACCUACGCUCACCCUCCUCUCCACCGAAGAACUCUUGCGCUCUUAUCUCGUCUACUCCCUCUGCUCCUUUCCCACGCUCGUGGACGCCUCGCCCGCUCUCCUUCAGUGGGCCUGGACGACCAGCAUCCCCGGCGUCAAGUGGCUAGCAACCGCAGUCAUCCGCGCCACAUUCUUUCAGCAAUUCUGCGGGGGCGAGACCCUUGAGGAGCUGCGCGGCACGCUGGAUCGUCUGGCAUCGCGUCGUGUAGGCGCGCUCAUUGUAUAUUCCGUAGAGGCCGAGCCCAGUGAGGGGGGCCACAGUGGCGCUCCGGAGGCGGGAGCGGCGCACCUGCACACCGACUUGGUUGAGGAGGUUUACCGUAGCGUCGACUUUGCGACCUCGCUCAGCCAGGCUGGCACGCACUCACCUGCCGUAGCGCUCAAGGUUUCAGGCCUGCUCAAAGACCCCGCUGCUCUGCGUCGAGUGUCAGACGCCAUCGUAGCCAACCGCCUCUUCACGGAUCAGAGUCACAAUGCCGUCACAGCCCUCGAUGGCGCUCUCUCAGAGAAGACGCUCAACGUCAGCUCCCACGACGCAUUUGCGAUGUACGAGCUUCUCGAGGCCAUGAGGAAGAUCGGGCACCGGGCCAAGGAAGGCAGGACAAAGGUCGUCAUAGACGCCGAGUGGACCGCAAUUCAGCCGGCCAUCGACCUCUUGAGUCUGGAGCUCUCCCGCGAAUUCAACCACAUCGACUCGCCAUCGGCCCCUCCGACCUUCUACAUCACACUCCAGACGUCACUGCGCCGAUCGGAGCCCUUCUUGCGUGCCAUGCUCGCAGACGCCCACGCUCGCAACUACAGCCUGGGCGUCAAGGUCGUGAGGGGAGCGUACGUGACUGCCGAGCACAAGGCCGCGAAUGUGGGAGGAUUCACAAGCCCCGCAUGGAGCACAAAGCUCGAGACAGACCAAUGCUUCGACACCUGCUCUCGCCUGCUGGUCGACGCAUUGGCAGCUCAAGUCCAGGGCACAGGCGCCGCAGAAGUAGGCGCAAUCUUCGCUACGCACAAUCGCUCCAGCGUCUCGCUCAUCUUCGAUCUCCUCCGCGAUCAAGGUCUCGCCCACCCUCAGCCUCGCGCGGAUGAAUCCUCGCACACAACCCUCGUUCUCCGCUCCUCUGCGUGCAACCUCGUCUCCUUCGCCCAGCUGGCAGGGAUGGCAGACGACGUGACUGACAAGCUGGCCAACCACCUCAUCGCGGAGGAAGGAAGCCCUACCACUCUCAAGUACUUGCCCUACGGCUCGUUUGACAAGGUCAUGCCGUAUCUCGUGAGGCGAGCGCAGGAGAACAAGAGCAUCAUGUCGGGCGAAGGCGAAGGGGGAGGUGGAGCUGCAGAGGAGAAGAAGAGGAUUCGCAGGGAGUUGAGAAGGCGAGUGGCGAGUUGGUGGGAUGGCCAACCAAGCGUCUAG